GAGAGGAAGGGAAGAGGAGAGACAAAAGAGAAGAGAAGUCGCCGAGGGGAGAGAAAGACGGAAAACUAGCGGGACAGUUGGCGCAGACAGAGUCAGAGACAAAGACUUCAAGUCCGGAAGUGCCUUUCCUCAACCUGGAACCUAGGAGUGGGAGGCAACGCUGGACCGGUGAACACCACCGUCAACCCAAGUUCUGAAAUACAGCCCAGCAGCCAUGGCGGUGGAAGGAGGAAUGAAGUGUGUCAAGUUUUUGCUCUACGUUCUUCUGCUGGCCUUUUGCGCCUGUGCAGUGGGGUUGAUUGCCAUUGGUGUGGCAGUUCAGGUCGUCUUGAAUCAGACCAUCACCCACGAGACUACGCCUGGCUCCCUGUUGCCUGUGGUCAUCAUUGCAGUGGGCGCCUUCCUCUUCCUGGUGGCCUUUGUGGGCUGCUGUGGGGCCUGCAAGGAGAACUCCUGUCUUAUGAUUACAUUCGCUGUCUUCCUGUCUCUCAUCAUGCUCGUGGAGGUGGCCGUGGCCAUUGCGGGCUAUGUGUUUAGAGACAAGGUGGAGUCAGAGUUUAAUAAGAACUUCCGGCAGCAGAUGCAGAAUUACCUUAAAGACAACAACACGGCCUUGGUUCUGGACGGGUUGCAGAAAGAAUUUGGGUGCUGUGGAGCCAAUAACUACACAGACUGGGAGAACAUUACUGGUAUGGCCAAGGACCGAGUCCCUGACUCCUGCUGCAUCAACAUUACUGUGGGCUGUGGAACUGAUUUCAAGAAAUCCACGAUCCACACUCAGGGCUGCAUGGAGAGUAUAGGGGUCUGGCUGAGGAAGAAAAUACUGUUGGUGGCUGCAGCAGCCCUGGGCAUUGCUUUUGUGGAGGUGAGAUAUGCUGUGGGUGGGUGGGGGUCUGAAUCAGCCCUGGGCAUUGCUUUUGUGGAGGUCCUGGGAAUCAUCUUCUCCUGCUGUCUGGUGAAAAGUAUCCGAAGUGGCUAUGAAGUCAUGUAGGGGUGGGGGGUCUGGUCCUUUUCCGUCUUUUCAUCUAAGGGAGUGGAUUCUCCAGGGUUUUCAAUUAAACGGAUUAUUUUUUCAGACCUAAAAA